GGCGUCCCUACAACACCCAUGAUCAAGCAGAAAAAGAAGAGGAGGAAGGAAAGAAGGAAAGAAAUGAUCGAUGCUCAAUUCACUCGCAUAGCCUAUUGUGUGUUAAUAUGUCCGGAUCAUUGACUCUUAGGUUUGGAUAAGGUGCCGGUGCAUCCGUCCAUUUAUCCGUUCAUCCAUUCAUCUGUUCAUCCAUCCAGCGCAGUGGAGGGCACGGGCCGGGCCGAUGGCUGCAGGGGGCGGUGGAGGAGGAUUCGGGGAAUCGGUGGAUCAUUACCGGGCGGAGGUGGAGCGGCUGACUCGCGAACUUACCGAGGCCAACCGGGAGAAAGUACGGGCGGCGGAGUGCGGGCUGGUGGUCCUGGAGGAGAAUCAGACCCUAAAACAGCAGUAUGGGGAGCUGGAGACCGAGCAGGACACCCUGAGGAAGGAGCUCGAGCAGCUGCAGGAGGCCUUCAGCCAAGUUUACACCACGCAGAGGAAGGUGGCUGAAGAUGGAGAGACCAACGAGGAGACGCUGCUGCAGGAAUCGGCAACUAAAGAGGCGUAUUAUAUGAGCCGACUUCUGGAGCAGCAAGCAGAGCUCCACAGCAGCAGAUCUCAGGCGUCCUGCACACAAGCCGAAAACGAGAGACUCACCUCCAUCCUGCAGGAGCUCCGAGAGAGUAAUGAGAUGCUGGAGCUGCAGAGGAGCCGGAUGAGAGAGGAGGUCAGAGAGUAUAAGUUCAGAGAGGCCAGAUUACUGCAGGACUACACUGAGCUGGAGGAGGAGAACAUCUCACUGCAGAAACUGGUGUCCACACUCAAACAGAACCAGGUGGAGUUUGAAGGCCUGAAGCAUGAAAUUAAAGUUCUGAUGGAGGAAACGGCUCUGCUGAACAGCCAAUUAGAAGAUGCGCUGCGUCUGAAGGACAUCUCCGAGAGCCAAUUAGAGGAGGCGUUGGAUGCUCUGAAAAACGAGCGCGAGCAGAAAAACAUUUUGCGUAAAGAAUUAGCCCACCAUCUAACCGUGUGCGACGGGAAUUUUAGCUCAGGCUGUGCCCAUUUGAUCGCAUUGAGCUCAGCACCCCCUAGUGGCAGCGCGACACCAACAACUGCUACAUCGCCCACUAGUGAAGACGGCGGGAAGUGUAACGGGCAUCUGCUUCAGGGCGCAGCAGGUUCAGUGUUGAACCGUCUGAACGGAGACUUCAGGGCGUCCAGUUUGAGGAAGAGUGAGAUUUUGACCCCUGAUCUGUUUAGUGAGCUCAAUGGCCCAGAGAUCCUGAAACUCAGACAACAGCUUCAGCAGGUGGAACGGGAAAAAGCAUCUCUGCUCAACACCUUGCAGGAAUCCCAAGCAGUGCUCCGUCAUACGCAGGGCGCUUUAACAGAGCAGCACGAGAAGGCCAGCCGCUUGGGGGAACGUUUCCGAAAACUCCGCCGACAGCGUAGCAGUAAAGUCAAGGAGGAAGAGGAGGAAGAAGAAGAGGAGCCUCUGUUCCUGCCUGUGGGCCAGGAGGGACCGAGUCUGGAGCUGCUGCAGAGUAAAUACAGGGUGGCCGUGACGGAGGUGGUUGGACUGAAGGCGGAGUUAAAGGAAGUAAAGGAUAGAUAUAACGAAUCAGUGGAAGCCAGAGCUCGGGUGGAGGAACAGGGACAGGCACAAAUGCAGAUGCUGGAGAUACAAGUAGCAAAGCUAGAACGAAGCUGCAGGGAAGGCCGGGAGAAAGCAGUGAAUCUGGAGCGUGAGCUGCAGGCAGCCAAUAACACAGCAUUGGAGACGCAUGGAAUUCUGGGAAACGCUCAAGAUGAGUUGGCGAUAUUUAGUGAGGAGUUGGCGCAAUUAUACCACCACGUCUGCCUGUGCAACAAUGAGACACCAAACCGCGUUACGUUGGAUUAUUACCGGCAGGGCCGGACCCUGACGCGCAUUUCCACCUCUGGCCACAAGGGGCAGCAGGACGACCACCGUGUACUGUUGACCCCUCGACUUGCACGCCGAUUAGCAGCGAUUAACGAGUCUCGGAGCCCGUCAGACUCUCCAUCCAAAGACCCUCUCACUGCAGAGCAGAGCCCGGUCCGCACCCCUUUGGGUUCUCCCAAUGUUAGUGCCUCUUCCUCAUCAUCAUCUUCAUCCCCAGCUCCAGAAUCAUCCACAGGCUCAGAGCUCCGCCGGGAGCCCACAAACAUCCAUCACCUCAACGCAAUCAUCCGUGAUCAGAUCAAGCACUUGCAGAAAGCCGUAGACCGCUCGCUCCAGCUGUCCCGCCAGCGAGCGGCCGCCAGUGAACUCGCCCCGCUGAUGGACAAAGACAAGGAGGCCUGCAUGGAGGAGAUCCUCAAACUCAAGUCCCUCCUGAGCACAAAGAGGGAGCAGAUUGCAACCUUGCGCCUUGUGCUCAAAGCCAACAAGCAGACGGCUGAAGUGGCUCUGGCCAACCUUAAGAGUAAAUAUGAGAAUGAGAAGACUAUGGUGACCGAGACCAUGAUGAAGUUGAGGAAUGAGCUGAAGGCUUUGAAAGAGGACGCAGCCACCUUCUCUUCCCUCAGAGCCAUGUUCGCCACACGGUGUGAUGAGUACGUGUCUCAGCUGGACGAGAUGCAGAGACAGCUGGCGGCAGCAGAGGAUGAGAAAAAGACCCUCAACUCACUCCUCCGCAUGGCCAUCCAGCAAAAACUGGCCCUCACGCAGAAACUGGAGGACCUGGAGUUCGACCAAGAGCAGACACACCGCACCCGAGUGGGAAAACCAUCCCGUAUGAGGAGCAGCACGCCCAAAAUAGUCAGCAGCCUCCUCCUGCCUCAGUGCCACAGCGCUACAAAGAACUAAACACAUCACGCCUUUUCACCUACAGUAGGUUAUAUGAGCGUGUGGUCUGUGUGUCCGGCAGCAGAUGGACUCUAAUGGCGGUUCUCCAGGAUUCAUCAACAACAGCAGGAGACUUUCCACUUUUUCCUCUUAAAUGCCCACGUCUCUGGAUUCUCAACAAUGAUUCCUCCAUCCCAUAAUGAACAUCUGAGACAUUACCACACCAAACAAAGUGCAAUCCUUUCUGAAGUACAGAUAUUAUACACUGAAGCAAAGACACAAGCCAAAGUAAACAAGAGGCCCGGAAUACCUGCCUGAUCACAUGACAUCAUCAUUACAUCAUUGGUCAUGUGAUCACAGGUGUUUAUUUGUAUCCUUGUCCAGAUUCACUUGUGGUUUUUACACCUUUUUGCUCUAUGUACAAUCACUGAUGGGCUUUUAGAGAAUGUGGACUCCUGAAUAUAAAGCGAAUGCAGACGUUUUUAAAUAUAUUAUACAUAUAUAAUAAUAGUAACGCACUCAUUAUAUUAUUAGUCACUGAAAUAUGUUCUAGUAGUUAGUUAGGUAGGUAGUUAGUCACGGUGUUAAAUAAAACUAUGACUGACCAAAUAUGAAUGUUCGGGAUUUAAAACAAGUUAAGGUUUAUUGAUAUACGACAUCAGGUUGACACUUUAUUGUAGUAUAGAAAAUAAUUUCAAUUAAAACUAUACACUUUAAAAUGUUUAUAAGGCAAGACAAUCAACAUUAUAUAGCAUUUAAAUAUAAAAAUAAACAAUAUAUAAAUAUAAUAUAAAAAUGGGCGACAUGGUUGCUCAGUGGUUAGCACUGUCCCCUCACAGCAAGAAUGUCACUGGUUCGAGUCCCGGUUGGGGACUUCAAACACAUGCGCUAUAAUUGAAUAAACUUAAUUGGCUGUAGCGUAUGAGUGUGAGUAUGAGAGUGUAUGGGUGUUUCCCAGUACAGGGUUGCAGCUGGAGGGACAUCCGCUGCGUAAAACAUAUGCUGGAUAAGUUGGUGAUUCAUUCCGCUGUGGCAACCCCUGAUUAAUAAGGGGACUAAGCCGAAGGAAAAUUAAUGAAUAAUAUGAAAAUGACCCAUUUUUAAGAAACAGAAAGGAUUAAUUAAUACAUUUAAAUAAUUUAUUUAUGACUGUUUUAUUUAUAUUAAUAUUUUAACUGUAAUUAUAAUUAUUUUAAAACUAUUAGUCUUUUAUUUUAAUUUGAAUAUUUUUAAUGAACUUUUGUAUAAUUUAU